CUUUCUGUCGGCUAACUUCUCGAUCUAUGCUCUCCGUUGCAGCAUGGUGUGCUCACACGACUGCCCGUACCUCUAAGAGAAUGGAGAUGAGAAUAUAGGGUGCUGCUAUCACCGCUACUCAGAAACAAGCCCGUUUCACUGCAUUAGGAGGUGGCCUUCGACUCGAAGAUACCCGUGGUGACGCCUCACCACCUCACUAUGCUAGGGACAUGCUCGCAGUAUCCUCGCGCAGGAUUACAACGCUGACCCUCUAGCCUGGUGUUGUACUUUGAAGAGAGCUUGUUCCUGCCUUCUGAGAGACAGCGGAGAUGGCAACAAUCGGGGAAGGGACACCGCUGCUGGUACACGAGAACGACGUCGACGUGCGACUACAAGUGCUUCCCGGGUAUCUGAGAGAGUGUUGUUGUUGCACCACACACGUCAGACGGUGUGAGCAUGUAACAGGUCUCGAAUGGCUAUUCUUCGGUGUGUCGCUAGUGGCCAUCAUGGUUUCUCUGGGCUUCACCUGUACGGACUUGUCUCAAUUUCCGAAUGAGUCGGACGACUACAUCCUAGGAUGGGUGAUCCUCUUCAUAACGGUUAUGAGCAUCCCCUACAUUGGCUACGGUGUCAUCGCCAAGGCAUCUCUUGCGGACUUCAUUGCCUAUUCCUUGAACAUGGCUGUGCUGUUUACUUACUCCUUUAUCAGCUACUACUACAACGAGACUGACCCCGAGAACCUGGGCCGUCUAGCAGCUGUGGUCGUCUUGUGGUUUAUGUCCUUUGUUGUCGGGAUUUGGGCUAUGUGCAAGCAUACACCGUGGCAGAGGUUCACCUUCCACCUAAGUAGCCGCGAAGACGAUGGGGUCAAGCUUAUGAUUUGCUCUGUAUGCAAAAGUAUCAUCAUGGUUGUUGUGCAAUGCCAGUUUAGCAUGCUGAUUUUUAUAGCGGAUCCCAGAUUUCGGACUAAGUGGAUAGAAAUCGGUGCUCACAUUGCCGCAGGCGUGGUCACCGUUGUCUUCUUCAUUUGCGGCGUGGCCGGGAUCAACUACGAAAGGCAACCGGUUCGAGUUUUCUUUGGGUGCAGCGUCGACACUGUUCUAUAUGACAUCUUCCGAAAGGUGGGCAUGGAGGGUGAAAGAGUAUCGGUUGGAGUCAUUCUUCUGUGUAGCUGUCUCAUUGUUGCAUAUGACGUCUUUCGCUUGGUGGAUGUGUUGCUGAAGUGGCCUUGCGCACUGUACAGAGUCGCAAUAUCUACGUGUGCUUGCUUUGGUUUUGGUUUCACCAUUCUCGUCAUAUGUUGCACUUGGAAGAUUUGGAGGAACUCCGGCAAAGGCGUAAAGGACAACAGUGUCAAUAGUGGGAAAGAAACAGUGCAUGUACACCAUUAGAAAUGUGAAAAGUAUGAUGGAGUACGACGACAAACGAUACCUCUACAAUGACGUGGACUCCUACCCGUACGGAAGAUGGGAAUAUGGUAAGCUCGAGUUGAUGAUGUAGAUGGUGGGACUUCACCUGGCGCUUUUUCCCCCUCAGACAAUACAGAGGAUGAGAAGGAGUAGCUUCACUUGAACUGUGUCACUGGAAGGAUGUGAUACCUCGUUCUCUUCUCGCUCGUCUCGUGCACACUGGCGCUGGACGCCGGCAACUGUACUGCUAGCAUCAAGCUGGAGAAGGAUAAGCACACCUACGCGCACGAAUGCCCUGGCGAUAUUUUGGCCAUCAGAGAGUGGCACGUGAUACCUAUGCAGUCCGGCAUUAACCUGGACAGGAACGCUACUGGAUCGCUGCGCACAUGCCUUCAAUAGCUGGACGUGAGCGACAGCUACAAAGAUAUCCAGUGCACGUGGAAGUGUCAACUCACGAAAGACGAAAUUUUUCUUUGCCGCUGUCCCGGAGGCGUCUACAUGAUCCGUCACUUCCGAGGAACCACACCCAGCAUCAAAGGAAUCAAUCUCUCCACGACUGCCAUGAUUUUUUUCAAACAUGCACUCAAUAAACAUUGUAUUUUUUGUAUUUUGUACAAAGGAAGUGUAUUUUUUCCUGUCUGUCUGAGAUAGAGCUGCAGCGGGGUCGCUGCCGAUCACGCCAUCUGGCGGGCGCUGGUGAAGGCCAUGUUCCGUAGCUUAGUCGGCCAAUCAGGAGUGCCAGCCGAUCAGAGGGCUUAGAAGGGGCCAAUCAGCAUGCGAGGGCCAAUCGGUAGGCUUAGACUGGGGACCGAUCAGAUGGCUUAGAAGUCUGGAAAAUGUGGAGAGUGAUCAGUAGGCUUAGAAUGCACCAAUCAGCGUGAAGCGGAGCCGGUUAAUUAGCACAAAGGGACGGAGCUCACCAAUCAGCGUGAAGUGGGCGGAGCCAAGCCAGCUAAUUAGCAUAAAGGGGUGGAGCUAUGGUCAACCAAUCAACAAUCAGUAGGCUUAGCACGGGCCAAUCAACGUGAAGUGGGCGCAGCUAAUGGCGACCAAUUAGAUGGCUUAGAAUUGGCUCGUGUUGGAUUGGAAUACAUUGUGUUGGAUUAGAACUGGAUUUUGGCUUAGAAUUGGAUUAGAAUAGGCUUCUCUUGGGUUAGAGAAAACUCUUGGCUAUUAGCCUUUAUUCUAUACUAUUUGCACUUACAUGUUUCAUUCUGCACGUUUCAUUCAUGCAAGUUGACUCUUGAAGAUGCCGUUACUGCGGUUAUCUGGAAGAGCUAGAGUACGUCCUUCUUCAUUGCCGGCACUACCAACCUUUCGAAACCACACCCUCAGCUUCUCUAAAUUAGCUGGACGGUCGCCCCCUCACUAUGUGAAAAUUGGUCGGUUCGUGGCCAAAUCUAGCCCACCAACGCUAAAGCACCCUAAAGCACUAGGACAGAGUAGGACUGUAGUGCGACGACAACGACACUACAAUCCGCCCACGCCACGCGCUCUUGCCUCACGCAGGAAUUAAAACAUUCUUCUUUCGCUCACCGACAACGGCUGUUGUAGUCUGUCCUCAUUCGACAACGACACUACAGGACUUCGGUCCUCACACUCUUAAAAAUGAACUUCACCGCACAGCACCCUCCUGGCCAAC